AAAAGCGCCACUGUGAGUGGCCAGAUACUGCUCUGACGUAGGGCAUUUCCUUCAUGAGACAUCUUGUUCACGCAGACUGCGACAGGAUUCGGUCUCUCUACGAGCCGGCAGUUGGGAAGGUCGGAGACAUCAAGUUACAAGGAGCUCUCCUAAACAGCCUGAACACAAUGUACCCGACCACCUUGACACAACUGGCCCGGGCGAAUCCCUUCAGUGCCCCACUGUUCUCGCUGCAAAAAGUCGAGGAGCCCAAACAGACUACAAGCGUCAAUGGGCAAAAUCGGAGGUUUGCAGCCGCAGCUGUGGAGGAGGGAGACAGCUGUGAGUUUGGCUCACAGAAGUAUUUCCUCCUGUGUGGCUUCGGUGGAAUUCUGAGCUGUGGAACCACGCACACAGCUGUGGUGCCUCUUGAUUUGAUCAAGUGUCGAAUUCAGGUGGAUCCAGACAAGUACAAGAGCAUCUUCAAUGGCUUCUCAGUCACACUGAAGGAGGAUGGUCUUAGGGGUCUUGGCAAGGGCUGGGCACCUACCUUCAUUGGCUACUCCAUGCAGGGUCUCUGCAAGUUUGGUUUCUAUGAGGUGUUUAAGGUCCUGUACAGUGAUCUUCUUGGUGAGGAAAAUACUUACCUGUGGAGGACAUCCCUCUACCUGGCAGCCUCUGCCAGCGCUGAGUUCUUCGCUGACAUAGCCCUGGCUCCCAUGGAGGCAUGCAAAGUGCGUAUCCAGACCAAGCCAGGUUACGCCAACACCCUGAGAGAGUGCGCCCCCAAGAUGUUUGGAGAGGAGGGCAUAUGGGCGUUCUACAAGGGUGUGGUGCCUCUGUGGAUGAGACAGAUUCCAUACACCAUGAUGAAAUUCGCCUGCUUUGAGCGCACUGUGGAGCUGCUCUACAAGUAUGUGGUGCCAAAGCCCCGCAACGAGUGCUCCAAGGGCGAGCAGCUGGUCGUCACAUUUGUUGCUGGCUACAUCGCUGGUGUGUUCUGCGCUAUUGUGUCCCAUCCCGCUGACUCCGUGGUCUCCGUGCUGAAUAAGGAGUCAGGCAGUACCGCUGUGCAGGUGCUGAAAAAACUUGGACCGAAAGGUGUGUGGAAGGGUCUCGUGGCCCGUAUCAUCAUGAUCGGUACCCUCACUGCCCUGCAGUGGUUCAUCUAUGACUCUGUGAAGGUCUACUUCCGUCUGCCCCGGCCCCCUCCCCCUGAGAUGCCAGAGUCCCUGAAGAAGAAGCUGGGGCUUACCGAGUAGAACACCAUGCACCUACCGUUUCCCCCUGACUCUCCAUGUAAUAAUGGCUGUCUUUUCUAUAUUUAAAACCUCAACCACCACCACCCCACAACUUCAGCUGCUCUACACACAAACCAACAAAAGACGGCAAAGGAUGAACAUGUUUGUUUAUGGAAAAGGCGAAGUAAAUGCAGUCAUUUGGCCUCAACUCCUGUGUUUUGUCGAUUUUAAGAUUAAAGUGUACCUGGAAAAAAAA